GCUGUGAUGCGGCCGUCGCCAUAGCAACGCGUCAGGGGCAGCGGGGGGGAGAGGAGAUGCACUUGUUGCUCUGGGCUGCAGGGAGAUAGGAGUAAUGAUCGCAGAAGGAAGGGAAAAAAUGGAAAAUAUAACCCCACUGAGAAUGAAAUAGCAACCAGCACGUGUUUGGCUGCUUAGUGUGCCGUCUGGGGGCCAGUUGCUCUGCAUUUAGGAGCACACCAACCAGAUUUAUAUUGCAUUCAAAAAUAACUCACCAAGAACACAACAACCCCAGGAUCAUCAAAGAAGUUUUAAAUCAAAGGUCAGCAGUCAAAAUUGUUUCCAGACUCCCACAGCCAGCCAUAGUGCAUGGAAGCACUUUCCACUUUACCCUCAACUCCAGAAGACGUUUGUAAAAGUUCAACAAAAAAAAUAUAUAUAUAUAUAUAUAUAUAAAUGAACUGAUGCUUCAGGCUGGGUGAAAGGUUGCGUAUUGAAGAUGGAAGCAAGUGUGCUGGCCAGCAGAUACAAAGUAAAGUCGUCCAUCAACCUGAUGGGAGAUUCGGCAGAAAAGAAGAAAGUCAAGAAAAAGGGAGCGAAAGAAAAGAAGGAUUCCUGUAAAAUAAGAAGAAAUUCUUCAAGUACGCCAUCAACUUCAGAUGAGAUUGUAAUGGCUCAUAAACGAGGGAAAAGUAUCAAGCUCCAUGCUUCUAAAGCUUCUAAAGCAUCUCCGGGCAUGGAGAAAUCAACUAGUCAAGGGGGCACCAAGCCUUGUGCAGAACCGAUGGAGAACAGUGAUAAAUCUGACAGAGAUGGAGAUCAGGCCGAAGCAUCCUCCAUUUGCUCCAUAGACCAACUCGCUACCUCCGUAAACGAAUCCCUGCGCUGGGAUGGAGUCCUGGAAGAUCCCGUGGCGGAAGAGGAAAGGAUCAAACUUUACAAAUUAAACCGGCAGCUGAGAUACCUGGCGGCCCAGAACACCACGCGCAAGGAGGUCCAGUUCUGCCAAAAGGACUUCUCCAACUCUCAGUCUCAGAAGGAGAAUCCAUACAUCAUCACCAGCAAAACGUACCAGCAACUUGCCUCAAAGGAUCACGCCAACUCUUACUUUAUGGGCCAAAGAACCUGAAGUCCCAAGUUGCAAUGAAGUGAAUGCGGCCAGAGUCAGACGCAGUACUCCUCCAAUCUCCAACUGUUCCUCACAGUUAGAAAGCUAUAUAUAUUAACGUUAAUUGGGUUCCAUUCCCACAUGAUGGUUUUUGCAAACACUUGACCAAGAUCUUAAAUUGGAUCAACCACUGUUCAACUUGGCUGAGCAGCAUCUUGUUCUAUAUUUCCCUUUUCAGGUUCAAAAUUGAUGGGCAUUUUUACGCUUGAAGUAGUCUGGAUAGGAUGUGAGUAUUGUAGUGCUGAAGUAAUUUUAAACACAGUGAUUAAAGCUGAUUGAGUUUCCGUUUUUGGAGAAAAUAAGAUCCGUGCCUCUAAAGUGGCCACUCUGGGCUUUUAUUCCAAUUAUCAGCACAAAAUGGGUAAAAACGUUUAAUGCAAUAACCAGUGCUGUCAGUUAGAUUUUUAUUUCCGCCCUCCCUGUUAAUUCAAACUUGAGCUAUUUGAACAGAUGUGUGUAAUUGAUCACACCAGGAUUCUUGCCAUCGUCCUGUUCUUUAGCGAGAGACUUGUGAAAUGGUGAUAAUCUGAUUUUAAGGUGGAGUAAAGUCUCAUCUUCUCAUGUUCAUCCAUUUACAUAUGGAUCCUCUCACUGGCAGGCACAGGAUCAGCUUAUUUGCAACAUGCGGGUCACAGGAUCAGCAGUUAAAGGCUCCCACAUACCUCCCGUAUGCUCUUGCAAUAGCCCUUAAGGUUUAGUGACAGGUCGAAGAUGAGAUCAGCUCUGCAAUUUCUCUCAAACAAGGUGAUCAAGCCAGGGAGUAACUGCCCCAAGGUGGUGUGAAGCCACAUAGUUAUCCCCACACAACUCCGAAUGGCCAAUCCAUAAACCAUUUGUUUAAGAAGGAACUGCAGAUGCUGGAAAAUUGAAGGUAGACAAAAGUGCUGGAGAAACUCAGCGGGUGCAGCAGCAUCUAUGGAGCGAAGGAAAUAGGCAACGUUUCUUUGCUCCAUAGAUGCUGCCGCACCAGCUGAGUUUCUCCAGCACUUUUGUCGACCAUAAACCAUUUGCAGUGCUUUGAACUAGAUUCUCCUCCCAAAUAACACGUUCAAUUUAAUAGAAGCAUAGAAACAUAGAAAAUAGUGCAGGAGGAGGCCAUUCAGCCCUUUGAGCCAGCACCGCCAUUCAUUGCGAUCAUGGCUGAUCGUCCCCAAUCAAUAACCCAUGCCUGCCUUCUCCCCAUAUCCCUUGAUUCCACUAGCCCCUAGAGCUCUAUCUAACUCGCUCUUAAAUCCAUCCAGUGAUUUGGCCUCCACUGCCCUCUGUGGCAGCGAAUAAUGGAGAAGGUUUAACCAAAUUCACAUUCACAUCAGCAACCAACUCUCAGAGUGAGAGGAUUUUACAAAAUCUUCUGUUGACAGUAAUUUAAGUUUGUGAAUAUAGUAAUUUGUAAUCCCGUUUUUCAUUAUAUGUAUUUAAAAUUACAAAUCCAAAAUUAUUUGCAACUCUUGAACAUGAAGAAAACAUCUCUCACCCAAGUUAUUUUCAUAAGUUGCACGCGGCUGUUGUAGAGAACUAUUAGAAAAACUCAACCUGAUUUAAUAAUUAUUAUUAAAGCUUUAUUUCAGACACAGGUCCAUAUACACAUCAAACAGUACAAAGAAUUACAAAGAUACAUUAAGAAAUUGCAUAUUAGCCUAAAAUAUAUAUAAGCUAUUGCACCAAUGCCGUCUUAGCCUAGAAGUGAAUCUACAGCAGCUUUUCAGAGGGCUGACUAAGGCUUCAAUCAUGUGGUUCUCUGACUUGUCCAGGCGACACAUAAAACUAAACAUCAGCUGUCUUAAGAGUGCCUCACAGGUUGGCACUCUAGUGGACACAAACAAUUGACUGGCACUAUGCCACCUAGGGACAUGAAGUAGCAACCUCAUUGCAUCACUGAAGAUAGAACAUUUGAUAUACUCAGUGGGUCAGCCAGCAUUUGGAGAAUCAGAAUGUUGUUUCAGGCCAGUGGCCUUUCAUUGGUGGUGUGGUGGUGGUGCGACUGGGAGGAGAUCUUGAUGAAAGGUCAGGGAUGAGGAAUAUUAAUUUAGACUUCAGACUUUAGAGAUAUAGCACGGAGGCAGGCCCUUCGGCCCACCGACUCCGCACCAACCAGCGAUCACCUCUUACAUUAGCACUAUCCUAUAUACACUAGGGACAUUUUACAAUAUUACCAAAGCCCAUUAACCUACAAACCUGCACGUCUUUUGGAGUAUGGGAGGAAACUGGAGCACCCGGGGAAAACCCACACGGGUCAGGGGGAGAAGGUACAAACUCCAAACAGACACCACCUGUAACUAGGAUGGAACCCGGGUCCUUGGCGCUGUAAGGCAGCAACUCUACCGCAGCGCCACUGUACCGCCCCAUUAUUUCUUCCUUUCUAUACACGUUGUGCCAUGGAGUAUUUCUAGCACGGAAUAGUCACUCAGAUUUAACAUUAGUCUGUGUGGUGCUGUUCGCCAUGGACUUGGUCUGUGAUAACUGAACCACGUAACCACAUAUCCCCACACGUCCUGAGGUAUAUUUCACAUAUAGCCAUGCCAUGGUUUUAAAAGGCUGCACAUUCAGCGAAAAAAGACAUGCUGUUAACAAGAAAGAAUUUAUAUUGGGAUUAUGUCCAUCAACGCUAUCUGCGGUAAGGCAGCACACUUGAUUGGCAUUCCAUCCAUCAGUCUACACGUUCAAAUCCUCCUUUCUCAGCCCACCAGGUUGUACAGUAAACCCUUGUUAUAACAGUGAUGUCCAUUAUUGCCGAUUGUCCACUAAAACCAAAUAAGGUAUUAUCAUUGUAUGUAGUUGAAACAAAGACCGCCAGAUGAUGGUUAAUACACAUAGGAGCACCAAGUGCUGGAGUAACUCAGUGGGUCAAGCAGCAUCUCUGGGGAACAUGAAUAAGUGUCGUUUCACCCUAAAACUAGGUGCCGAUGCCGCUGGUCUGUACCGGCAAGCCCUUUUUCACUGGUUGAUGUCUAUAAGAUGUACUGUCAGAACUCAUCAAGAUUCCUUGAACAGCAUCCUGCAAACCUCUGAUUUAUACCAUUGGUAAAGAAAAUAUAGCAAGUGUAUGGAGAAACUGCUGCCAUCCAAUAAGUCCUAUGUAAUAGACAGAACAUUCCAAGUUGGAAAU